GAUCGUUUGUUUUUCAUCGGUCCAAAACAACGCGUGUAUUUACGAGGCAGUGAUCGAUAUUUUUAAUAAUUUGCGGGCAAAAACGAAUGAAUAUAGUAUAAUUUUGUGUUAAAUUCGUGAUUAGGAAGAUAAUGAACAACGGUGAUAAAUAGGCUACACUGAAGAAUGCUCACCAAAGGCAAUACGGCUCCGAUGUUCUAUCGGAUUUUAUCCCGGUUUCCUCCGAACAUUACGUUCAGCUUUGCUUACGGUUCUGGUGUGAAACAACAGCUCGGACAGGAUGCGGUUCAGAAGAAAAGGAACAUGAUUGAUUUAAUCUUCACGGUCGAUAAUGCCCAUCGGUGGCAUGCAAGUAACCUGGAGCGUAAUCCAGAAGAUUAUUCUGGAUUAAAGCACCUGGGAAGCAACUUCGUUGCCAAAUAUCAAGAAUCGUUCGGUGCUAAGGUUUUCUUCAAUACGCUGAUUCCGAUUCCGGAGGAGGAUGUUAUGAUUAAGUAUGGAGUUGUUUGUACAAAGGAUCUUUUAGACGAUCUCACCAGUUGGUCGAACCUAUAUUUAGCCGGACGACUCCACAAACCUGUCGAAAUAAUUCGACCUGCAAGUGGUUCUAAAAUCCAGAAUGCGAUUGAUACCAAUCUUCGAGCAGCGGUCCAUGCAGCAUUAUUGUUGUUACCAGAAAAGUUUACUGAAUUUGAGCUAUACCGAGCAAUCACAAACCUAAGUUAUGCAGGAGAUUUUCGGAUGAUAUUUGGCGAAAACAAGGACAAAGUCAACAAUAUCGUACGUCCGCAAUUGGAGAAUUUUCGAAAUCUUUACUCAACUACCUUGAACCAUUUGGACAACGUCCUUAUUCUUCCCGCGAAAAACAGCGAUAAUUCUAUUUGCAUUCAAGACCAUUCGGAGAAAACUAUACUUUACCAUCUUAAUCAACUUCCAAAGUGGCCAAUACGACGAAUUGUAAACAAGCAAACAAAGGGUCGCUACCGACAGGACACCGAAGACAUUCUGACAAGUGUUUCCAAAUCAUCAAACUAUCGGGAGAUAGUCGGCCAGUGUUUGAGAGCGAUUGUUUGGCAAAGUAGUGUCAAGCAGUCAAUCAAAAACAUACCGUCAGCCGGUGCAACAAAAUCUGUCAGAUACAGUUGGGCCAAGGCGUUAAAGACAUUUAACAUGUGAAACAGCAAACGUGUACCUCAUUAAAAUAACGCAUUUAGGCUCAACGUUUCGAUGCUAGUCAAAUAAGUACUGGUAUUGUUUAAGUUUGAAUAAAUCGUAUUGAAACGAACGUAAAUGACGCAGCAUUCCGGAGUAUUGGAAACUAAUUCAGGAUUGUGAGGUCAAAUCGAUCCUUAUCUUUUUCAUAACAGUACCAAUAAAAUUCUAUGCCAUUUAUGUUUAUUGGAAUUUAAAAUACAACAAGUUUCUUUGUCUAAAUAUCACAUCAAGACGUAUUCAUGCUGCCAAUUAUCGUAUAAAAAUCCCAAUGUUUAGCACAAAAAGGCAAAGUAGAAAAGUCUGAUUAGAUAUACGUAAAAAAAUGUAAUGUUAUUUAUUAUUAAGAUUCCUAAUACUUUUUUGUCAGAGCAUGGGCUUAACGAUAUGUACAAGAAAACAAAAGGACCGCCCUAUCUUCCCGAAGGACGUAAUCCUACGUCAAAACUUAUACAUUGCAUUACCCACACACAUUUUAAAACUUAUACUUUUUAUUAACUUAUGAAUGAUAUUAACUUUUUGAUAUGUGAUCAGGGCCGGAUUUAUAAGGGGGGGGGAGGGCGUGGCCCCGGUCCCCCACAAAUCUUAUGUACCAAAACCAACAUUUUGGGGCCCCCACAAGCUGUCGGCCCCGGGGCCCCCUUCCGGCAAAAUCCAGCCCUGUAUGUGAUCAUUCAUUAGGCUGCAUAAUAAAGUUUAUUAGUAUUUUCGAAUGUUUUUUUGCCAUAACUUCUAAGUUUUUUUCUUUACGUGUACGAGCAUAGAAAAAAGAAAAGUUUUCAAUUUAUAACUGAGGAAAUGCUUGUAGGAUACUAAAUUGAAAAGCAGACUAAGUUCCAGUGGGAAUAUAGAGCCCUAGAAAAAGAAGAUUAGGUGAGAGAGAGGAUCAGUCUAAGCGUUAUGGUCCAUAUAAAUAUGUUUUUCCUGCAUACAAAGGUGUUGAAAGAGGAAGAGUGGGGGUAUAAAAUCGCCCAAUUUUGCGUUACGUAAUCUGUGAACGGCCCAAAUUGAAAACAGUUUUCUUAAAUAUGUAUUUAGACAUUUAUUUCACUAUAAAAAGCGGCUAUCCAUUUUUUCUACAUA